AAGUUGUACUCUGUGGCAAACUUUGGCCACACCUAGAUCCUGUCCCAUUUCCCACAAAAAAAAAAAAAAAAAAAAAAAAACACACACACACAGACAGACAAAAAAAGGAGGCUUUUAUUUUAUUAUUUUUUUUUUCUCCUCUCUUUCUGGUGCGUUUGUUUGUGUGUCGGCGAGUCCCGGCGGUGUAACCGGAGAGGGGCCUCAGAGAGGGAAUGCAGGACUGCAAUGGAGCACAAUGCAAUACAGUGGUUGGGUGCUCCCUCCUGCCAGCGAGGCAGCUAUGCCUUCUAUAAGUCGGUGAGCAGCAGAGCUCAACCCGACGGGCCCGCCCAGGUGUGGAGGCUCGGGGAUUUUUACUUCAUCCGCUGUGGACCGCAGGAUCCUGUGUGCAUCGCAGAGGUGACCUUACUGUGGGAGGACCAGACACGGCACCAUCUGCUGGCCAGUACCAGGCUGUACUUCCUGCCAGAGGACACGCCAAAGGGCCGGACCAGGGAGCACGGAGAGGAUGAGGUUGUCGCGGUGUCCAGGAAGAUGGUGGUGCGGGUUGAGGACCUGGUGCAGUGGUCAUGUGCACAGCCAGCAGGUUGGAGCAGCAGCCUGAAACUGCCACCCUGUGGGAUCAACGGUCUCCACAAGCCUCUACAGAGCAGCGAUGGUAACAGCGGUAACACGUCCAACAAGAGCAGCGAGCCGCUCAAAGACAAAACUGAGAACGACCUGGUGGAGCAUCAGGGCAUCAAAGUGCUCAGCUACCCGCAGUAUUGCCGCUUUCGCUCUCUGCAGAGACGCAUCCAGGAUGGAGCGAGGGGGCCGGUGCUGCAGGACCCACAUCUGCUGGCCCUGGGGGCCGUCAAAGCGCUGCCCAACACCCGGCUGAUGUACUGCAGGGACACCUUCAGCCACCCGACGCUGGAGAGCAGUGCCAGCUUCUCCUGGCAGUUCAGAUGUCCGUCUCUCAGUCUUCGAGGGCGACCUCGCAAGAGGAGAGGCCGAGACGACAAAGACUCCCCGACCUCCAGCCAAUCAGAGUCCUGGAUUGAGAGGAUGAAGGAGAACGUGAUGGGCAGUGUGGAGGUCGGCUGUGAGGGCAGCUGGCUCCCUCACCCUGAAGAGCAACUGUUCCUGGAUCAGCUCUUUGCCUUCAUGGACCGUCAAGGCUCACCCAUCCACAAAGUCCCCAACCUUGGCUUCAAGAAGAUUGACCUCUUCCUCAUGUACUCUGUGGUCAGACGGCUCGGGGGCUACAAAAAGGUGACAGUGGACCGUCUCUGGAAAGUUGUUUAUAACGAGCUGGGAGGAUGCCCUGGCAGCACCAGUGCUGCUACCUGCACCAGGAGACACUACGAGAGGCUGAUGCUUCCUUAUGAAGAGCACCUUAGAGCAGGAGGAGCAGAAUUCAAAAUCCCAGAAUCCCCCAUGCCUCCCAAACCCAGAGGGAUAAGAGGAAGGAAACCACUUCCAAGAGGCAGAAAACCAGGACCCAAAGCCAAGGAGAAGAAGAUUGCAACCCCUGCUUCUCCUUCUCGCACUAUUGUGAAUGCAAACGGCACCAUGGUGGUGAAGAGAGGCAGAGGCCGGCCGCCGGGUACACGCAACAAGGCCACGCUGAUCGCUCAGGCGAAGCUGCUGGCUCAGCAGCAGGCUAAAGCCAAAGCAGCAGCUGAGUCUCAGCAGCAGAGUCCUCUGCUUCCAGCCAGAGGUGGAGGUGGACCAGCAGCCAGCAGUGCACACAGGCCCGCCCAGCCAGCUAUCCUUCCCGUCAACAUGCCCCUCACCCCUGACCUCUCCCCCAUGUCUGCCCCCUUCCUCCCCUUCCAGCCCAAACCAAAGGAGCUGAAGCCGGACAGAGGGGAGCCUAUGGCUCCUACUCAAGGUGUGAUCCUUUCCACUCUGCCUCGUCACUUUGUUGGAGGAUCUCUGGGGGGCUUCAGCCCCAUCAAAGGUGUGUGCCCCCUGGAUGUCUUCCGGAGCUGCAUUAGCCUCCAGAGAGGCCCGGAGAGCCCGGCCGUGACGCCUCAAGACUCAACCCAGCACCAUCCAACCAUCUACACCCUCCAGCCCAAAAGCGGGAGCCCGGAUACGCCUCAUCCCAGCGGGGACCAGCUUCAGCCUCAGCCCCACCCGCUCAACCAGCAGCACAACCGCUGCUCGGGGUGUAACGUGGACGAGGCAGCCCAGAGAGGAGGCAGUCGGGACGCCAGGAACCGGCCUCCUCUGCCCCCUCUCCGGGUCCUGCCUUUGAACCUGGACUGCAGCGUUCAGGUGUGCCAGCUGAUGAGGACUCGUCUGGGCUCGUCUCAGUUCCAGACCUUCACCCGCCGACUGUCUGAGGCUCUGUCCCAGGACCUGAGCACCAAGCCCCCCUGCUCUCCCAUCACCCCUCCCCCAGAGCAGGCGCUGCCUCUCAACCUCAGUAAACGCUUCACAGCUAAGAGACCCAGCACAGAGGGACCAGAGCCGAGUCCGGCAACAAUCAAUGGAAACACAGAUCAACCGCCAUCCAAGAGACCCAGAGCCGGCUCCACAGAGCAGGCGGAGGACUUCAACCCGGGUGACCGAUCCAUCUCUGGAGGGAGUGCAGGUGGGGGAGGAGAGCAAGAUGUGACUAAGAACCAGGAGGAACCCGCAGACCUGAGCUCCCCCAGCAGGAUCAGGGCCUUCCUGCUCGGGCUACCACCGUUCCAGGUGAAAUUCGAGGAGGAUCUGAACGGGACGAGAUUUGGGAAAUUUCUUCCUCCGGGAUCUAAGGCUGAACCCCAGAGGACCGAGACAGAGAAAGCAGAGGGAGGAGUGGCGGUAAAGAAAGAAGUAAAAGAGGAGGAGGAGGUGUGUGAAAUAGAGCGAUGUGAAACUGAGAGGAGCAACAAACUACAGAAGUCAGAGCAGGAGGAGAAAGACCCCCCCCACCUCUCUGGUCCUGGCCCAGCAGAGCUGAAGAGAGCCGGGCCCUCAAACACUGACACGCACUGUUUUUAGCAUUAUUCCCUCUGUUCGUAUUAGCAUUUUGUGAUCAGAAAACUGUCUGAUUAUUUGGGGGUUUGGUCGCUUUUGGAAUCUGGAAAAUUAUAUAUCCACUUGGGCUUGGUGAUGGUUUUGGACGCCGGAUUAUUCAGUAGUUAAAUCGGCUCAGGUUAAAGCCUGAAUACGCGGAGCAGGGAUGUUUUCUUUUCUUCAUCUUUUGAGAACAUUUGAACUCACAACUUCUCUUUGUUUCCCAUUAUUUUUGUCUCCUGUUGGUAUUUCCUGUUUUUUUUUCUUCUGGUUUUUGAUCACGUCGUUGAUUGAACUGCAGAGGAAUGACGACACAGAGACUCAUGACAAUCACAAAUCAGUUUCUCUUCCUAUCUCUGUUGAUUUCUGUCUCUUUACGGUAAAAAAAGAAACAGAGGAGUGAGACUGUGACUCUUUAACAAACACUGCCAUAACCCUCCAUAACACUAUUAACUCCACUAUUCAAUGUUACAGUGAAAUAUUGAAUAAGAUCCAUAUUACUUAAAAUAAAAAUCAUCUAUCUAUGGGUGAUGCUAUGCAUCAAGCCAUCAUUAAUUAGCGUCUAGAGUGUACUGUAGUUUGCUAGGUUCAUUAUUAAAUUGUACUCUACUUCUGUAGAGAGAUAGUUAUUUUCUGAUAAAGUGUCUAGAUGUUAUCUGGAGCUCUGAGUGAAGAGCUCCUCAGUCUUCACAUUAUAGCUCGUUAAGUGAAGCAUUUCUAUAGUCCUGCUCGUUAGCUGAAAUUAUAUAAACUUUUCUUACACACAUGUGCCUUAAAUGGCCUGCGAUCUGUUUCAUCGCCGGCUUCAAAUACAUUCAGUUAAAGAGAUACCUUGAUGUUGGACCUGUUUAGUUUUCCUUGACUCCUCAGUCAGGCCGAGUAUCUUUGCCUUUCUCCGUCUGAGCUUCUGUUUGAGGAAUAUAAAACAUGCGACUUUGGACUGAAGAAGCCAAAGUCCUCAAAUUUCUAAAUGUCUUAAUAUAAGCAGCUAAAACGGUUCAAACGUAGGCUGAAAUCAAGAUUUCUGAUCCGAGAAUAUGUAAAGUACAGAUCUGAAUAGAUAUCGCUGCCACAUUUUGUUCGAUACCCAGCCCUGCUGUCUGCUUCUGGCCACGCCUCGGCGCCGUUGUCUCGCCUUCAUCACUGCUACUGUUCAGGUUGUUCAAACAGUAAGAAAUCACAUGAGUGCAGGAGGAAGAAUUGUGUGUAGAGAUCAUACAUGAACAUGUAGCCCAAACAUUCAGACUACCUCAGGUUUUCUUUCUUUUCUAUUAUUCCCACCUGCUUUAUCUGUUUCACAGGGGUGGAGCCUAUCCCAGCAUGCAUUUGGGUAGACGGCAGGGUUGGAUGCUGGUCCAUAAACACAGACAGACACACUUUGACCCCAUUCCCACUUGGCAUUAAAGGACCAGGCUGGUGUUAUUCUAUAUUUUUCCCAUGAAGAGACCAAAACAAACACUGUGUUACUCUCCAUACUCUCUCACGUCCUGUCUGUGGCUCUCAGUAGGAUACAUUCAUUGUUAGUUUUGGUCUUUUAAUGGGAUUUGACCACAAGAAAAAUAGAGAAUAUCUCCAGAAUAAUCCUUAAACCUUGAAUCUGUAUCUGGAUACAUUUGCACUUACUUUGUGUAAAUAAGCGCUCUUCUUAUCUCCGUUCAGACUUCAUUGUGAUUGGAUCUCAGAUUAGGUGCACAGUUGGCAGGCAGAUGGCAGACUAGUCUCAGGUGAAGGGAAGUUUAUGGGCUCUACUUAUUUUUCCUUUGCAGAAGAAGGGCUCAUCUGUAGCUGUAAGACGGGACGAGACUGUUGACCUUUCGAUUUGUAUUUCUUACACGAAUAGUUAAGUGUACAGUAAAUAUGAAGCAGCUAGCAGACAGUUAACUUGGCACAAAGACUGGAAAAAGAGAAACGGCUUACCUGGAUCUGUGCAAAGGUAAAACCUACCUACCAACACCUCUACAGCUCAUUAUUUAACACUUUAUAACUUGUUUGUUUAAUAGUUAAACCGAAGUGUAAAGUUGUGAAGUGUUGGUGGGUUAUGUACCAGACUAUUUGCUGGUCCCAGCCAAGGAGUAGUCUGGUACCACCCCAUGAAAAACUAGAGAUUGUGCUGUUUGUGAGCUUUAAAGGUGGCGGUAGGUGGAUUUCUUUUACCUUUUGUACAGAGACAGGCUAGCUUUCUAGUCUUUUGUGCUAAGCCAGCUCCCGGCAGCAGCUUCAUUAUAGCGUACAGACACUCGAGUGGUAUCUCCUCAGCUUGACACUUUCCCCCCCUCCAAAAAAAAUGUGGAAGUAUCGCUUUAAGAAUGUGGCCGAACUGUACAGAUGUCUUUAACACCUGGCUGAGAUCUGAUUGUUUUCUGACUGUUAUGCGAGUUUGAUCCAGAUAAGAUGUCCAGAUACAGAUCGUACGUUUAAUGCCAGGUGACACUCACUCUGCUUCACCAAAGAACGUUUCUCCCACGUAAACCAAUCCACCGCUCCACCCAGACUCUCUCAUCUCAAGUGCCAACACAAAAACCACUGACUCCAUAUUGUGACAAAAAAAACAAAAACCUUGUGUAGCUGGGGAAAAAAUUCAAAUGUCAAGGUAUCCCUUUAAUCGCAGCCUUUUCCUUCGACUCGUCUCUGUUUGUUUUUCUGCCACAGACGUUGGUUCAGAUUUGCACACCUACUGUACCAUUUGCUUCAUUUGUUGUUUUUUUUUGUUUUUUUUCCAUAUUUAUAUUUGCCAACGUAUUGUUAUCUUACAGUAGUGGAAUCAACUACGACACCGAAAUUAACUGGUGCUGUUUGUUCUUAGUUUUGUAGCUAUUGCCAUAUUGUUGUUGUUGUUGUUGUUUUUUUUUUAUUAUUGAUAAAGCUGCAAAUUCUUUUCAUCUCAGCAAGUCAUUAAAUCUUGACUUCAGCCUCAAAGAGCUUAGUGAAAACAUUUUACUCCCAGCAGAUUUAUUGGUCCAGAGAGUUUUAAGAAAAUAUUUUAAAGGACUAAAUUAAAAGAUACUAUGACUUGUUAUGAAAAUAUUUGCAGUUUUUUCCCGACUGUUGGCUUCACGUGAGACAGAUAUGAAUUGUUUGUGAAUGAAUGCAUGAGUAGAGAAAUGUAUACUCAGUAGAUCAUAGCUGGGCAGAUUCACCAAAGCACACGUUCUCCACCAGAAACCACCAGACUCAAACCUCCGCAAUCUUUCUAGAACAUUUAUAAAUCAUGUUUGAAUCAGAGUUGUCAUUUGUAUUUCAGGAUAUUAGAAGUCAUUUAUUUUACUGCUCCUGUCUCUCUUAACGGUAACGUCUGAAAUGAGCGGUAACGAGGAGAAGACGGUCAAAUACUUCUUCCUCUUUGUGACUAUUUCUUGAAAACAGAGUCAUAUUUUCAUCAGUGCAGUAAGAUUUGAUUAUAUAUCUCACAACAUGUCUGAUAAUCUUACAACAAAUGUAUAUUUUGUGUCUCACUCUGCUUCAUCAUGCCUGUAAACCUUUUAUUUAUUAAGGUGAGUUGUUUGAGUCUGUAUCAAACUCGAGCAGUAAAGGCCUCUGUAAGCUUCAGAGGAAAGAGUUUGUAUGACGGCGGCUAAAGACUAAAGUGUGUAAAGCUGUUCUGAAGAGUCACGAGGAACGAACACAUACUCGUUUUUACAUACAAAUAUAAAUGGCGGCGGGCACUUUCAGGCAAUCUCUGCUUUAAGACCUUCAUGGUGUCGCACUCAGUUGCUCGUAAGAAAAGUGACAGAAGCAGAAGCUGCUUUCACACCUCCACAGACCAGACCACCGAUCACUGUACAAAUAGAACCGAUGUCAGACACAGUUGUGCUGUCAGUUUUAUUCAGAUUAUUUUAUUGUCCGUUAAAUGUACGUAAAAUGAAAAUUCAAUGUGUGCAUGUACUAUAAAUACUAAUAAUACAUGUCCAUAGAACUGGAAUCUGGACUGGAAAAUGGCAACCAGUCAGUUAAAUGAAACUUGCUCGGCGAGUGCAUCGGACCAAAAAAAAAAGUUUCCAUGGUUCAUGGUUUACUUCCUCCUUGUGCAGUCCACCGCACAGGCUCAGUAGUGCGUCUUACCUCUCAAAAUAAAAAUAGCUUUUCUAGACUCUGAGAAUGUUUUUACAAAUAUAGAAUCUUAAUGAAUUAAAAAGAUGCCUUGUUCUGCAGUUGUAAGUAUCCUGUGAACAGUUUUACAGAGGUCUCUUUUAUAAUGGAGGUCAAUGGGGAGAAUAAUUUUUUUUGAUGUUACAAUACCUCGAACAGCCACUGGGGGCAUAUUGUCAGCAUUGUGCAGUUCUAAUAGAUCAGUAGAGCUGCCUCCGACAGUAGACGGGGGGGCUGAACUUCCGUUUUAUUCUCUACAUAAUUACUUUUGUCACUUUAAUGUGCGAACAAUCGAGUGCAACACCGUGAACUUCCAGGAUUUUCACCCUUUCUGGUGUGGCUGUGCAUACAAACACUUUUGCCUUCAGACAACACUGCGCACAAACUAGUUCGUCUCAGGCGUACACGGCCUUUAACACUCACCUACUGGGAGCUUCCCAGUCAAACCACAGCUCCACUGGACCAGUUUUAUCUCAGUCUGACUCUCCUGAACAUUUUUGCCUUAGUUUUAAUGUUUUGUUUUUUUCCUGCAUGUUAAUUUUUAUGUUAAUGACAACAUGCCACUGAGGGCUGAACGCCUGCUGUCAUUCAAAGGGGAGGGGGACAUCUUCUAGUUUAGAGUUGAGCAGCAUGUUAAAGCAGUAUGAGAGUUAAAUAGUUUUUUUUUGUUUUUGUUCUUCCUUCUUUGGUUAUUUAAGCUUUAGUUUGUAAAGGUUUCUUUUAGGUAUAAUUUCUUUUUUUUUUUUUUCUCCUUUGAUAAAGUUGAAGAUUUAAAUGUUUACAUUUUGUUAUGCAUGUUCAAACAGAUUUGUUAUAUCCAGUGUUUUGCACACUACUUCAGCAUUAGUCUUGAACGGCACUGCUCAUUAAUGUAAAGUACUUAAAAAUUAAGUGCCUGAUACUUAAAAAGUGAAAAUUGGAGUUGAUAUUUGUAAGCAAAUGAAAGUUAAAUUUGCUCAUUAACCUUCAUGCCAUUGACUUGAACAACAGCUCUUGUUGUCAUGCAAUUUUUGUUAUUUUAAAAAUUGUGUUUUAAAAGCCUCUGCAGGCUGUCUGAUUACACAAGAGGAGAUUAUCUUGUUAAAGCAACUGCAGGACGCUCCUUCGGCUCCACGGCGCCGUCGGAGCAAACUGGACCUACAAGGACUUGACAACAGGAACACCUAGUGGCCAUCAGAGCGCUCAGUGAUGUGAUUCAUCCAGUGAGCAACAUUCAUGAAGAUAAAUGAUCAAAUUUUAAAAAAAGGUGCGACAUGGGACAUUUUAAACAUGUGUAAAGCAUUAAAAGACUGCAGCUUCUUCUCCGGAUUGAACACAUUGAGACACUUUUGUUUGGAUUUGGAGCCGUUACAGGAAGGGGGCGCUGUUGUUCCAGCAGACAGUGGAGGGAGAGUACCGCUUUGUCAGAAAACCGGACUGUGAACUACGACAAUUUUUACAUUAUAUAGACUAAAGGAUUAAUUGUUUUAAUCAAGAAAAAAUAUAUACAGAUUAAAGAUAUUCAGUUUAGCGCCUUAAAGGGAACCGGGCAGAUUUCCACACACUUUCUGCGUAAUAAAAUGACCAAAUAUUUUAAGUUCAAUGUUCAAAUGUCUUGUUUUGUUUGGCCAAUAAUGCAAAGUCCAAAAAUAUUCCCGUUAAUUUAACAUAUUGUCGUAGAAAUCCAGUAAAUUUCUGAAUUUGAAAACCUGGAACCAGUGGAUUUUCAGCAUUUUUGUGUAAAAAAAAAAAAUGGAAUGGAAAUUGUUGUUGAUUAACUUUCUAUCAGUUAUUUGAUUAAUCGAUUAAGUAACAACGUGGUUUCAGUUGUACAAAUAUCACAAGGUUUAUUUCUGGUAUUUACCGCUCUAUCAAACAGUUAAGUUUAACAUCUGUAGUUCCUGGUCGUAAAUCUUCAAACUUCAAACCUCAAAAUCUGGUUUCCAGUGACCUCAAACAACAUAUUAAUCCUUUCCUGGGAGUGAGGAGUAGAGGCAGCGGGAGGGUUUAUGGGAAAUGUAGUCUGUCUUUGGAGAAACACCAGCAGAAAAAAGUGCAGUGAGGAAGAAGUUGCAGUCCAUGACAACCAGACUUUUCCAUCAUGUGAUUUUCUAUUGAUGUUAAAGAUGCUGCAUGUGGCACCUUUUUUAUAAACUGUAAAGUACCAAUGAAUGUCUCAGUCACAUCUUCCUGUGAUCUCAUUUUUUAAUCACUUGACACCAUUUCCUCUCAUGUUUUUGUCCUUUUUUUGUUGUUGUUGUUGUUGUUCCUCCUUGAAACAAAGAACCCGAUCAACUGUAAAACAAGAAGUGUUCUUUUCUUUUACAAACUGUGCUGAAACCUUUUUGAGGAGAACGAACACUUCCCAGUAUAAAUCAGUCGCCUGCGCCCGUGCACCUAAAAUGGCCGCCGAAGGUGUUUGACUUGAAUGGGGAAUUUUUCUUUUUUUUUCGUGUUGCAUUUGUGUGAUUUGAUGACUGCAGAUCUGCAGCACAAACUCCAGUCCCAUUUGUUUUUUUGUCUUUUUUGUUUCUAUAAACGGUUGGCAGUGUCAGGUACCAUUCCAUUUUAACACUGUAUAUUUAUAAUAAAAGUAAUCUGUUAAUAAAA